GUCUCAGUAACUUCUCGACAUUGUAGCAAACAUUCGUUUACUUUUGCAUUUUAUUAAACCUAAUGUUACUUUUUCUUCAUUACUGCUAUGGAUAAGGAAGAACAGCCAAACUGGUCCGAUAUUCUGAAAAGAAGAAUAGCAAACACGAAGAAAGAUGAGAGAAGUGACGAUGAGAAAAAGGCAGAAGAACAUGAUAUUUUCACCAAAUACUACACGGAGUGGAGAGGAGGAAGCGAGAAAGGAGAAUCCUACAAAACUAUUCCACGAUUCUACUACAGGCUGCCAGCAGAGGAUGAGAUACUACUUCAGAAGCUGAGAGAAGAAUCCAGAGCAGUUUUCCUCCAGAGGAAGAGCAGAGAACUGCUGGAUAACGAGGAACUGCAGAAUCUGUGGUUUCUGCUCGAUAAACACCAGGUUCCUCCAGUGAGUGGAGAGGAGGCCAUGAUAAACUACGAAGCUUACCAGCAGGUUAGAGAGAAGGCAGGGCCUAAGUGCAGCAAAUUCUUCACUGCCAGAGUGUACGCCAAGCUGUUACACAAUGAUCCGUACGGCCGGAUCUCCAUCAUGCAGUUCUUUAACUACGUCAUGAGGAAAGUGUGGCUGCAUCAGACCAGAAUAGGCCUGAGUCUGUACGACGUAGCAGGACAGGGCUAUCUCAGAGAGUCGGAUCUGGAGAACUAUAUCCUGGAGCUGAUCCCCACUCUGCCCCAGCUAGAUGGACUGGAGAAAUCCUUCUACUCUUUCUACGUUUGUACUGCUGUUCGCAAGUUCUUCUUUUUCCUCGACCCGCUCAGAACCGGAAAAAUUAAAAUCCAAGAUAUCUUGGCUUGCAGUUUCCUGGAUGAUCUCUUGGAGUUAAGAGAUGAGGAGUUGUCUAAAGAAAGUCAGGAGUCCAACUGGUUCUCAGCCCCCUCAGCUCUACGAGUUUACGGCCAGUACCUCAACCUGGAUAAAGACCACAACGGCAUGUUGAGCAAAGAGGAGCUGUCACGAUACGGUACAGCCACUCUCACCUCAGUCUUCCUGGACAGAGUGUUUCAGGAGUGUCUCACCUACGAUGGAGAAAUGGACUACAAGACGUAUCUGGAUUUUGUGUUGGCUCUUGAAAACAGGAAGGAGCCAGCAGCCUUGCAGUAUAUUUUUAAACUUUUGGACAUGGAGAAUCGUGGAUACCUUAAUGUCUUCUCUCUAAACUACUUCUUCAGGGCCAUUCAGGAGCAGAUGAAGCUGCACGGUCAGGAGCCGGUCACCUUUCAGGAUGUCAAGGAUGAAAUUUUUGAUAUGGUGAAGCCUCAAGACCCCUACAAGAUCACACUUCAGGAUUUGGUGAACAGUUGCCAAGGCGACACGGUUGUGAGCAUCUUGAUUGACCUGAAUGGCUUCUGGACCUACGAGAACCGAGAGGUGCUGGUUGCUAAUGACAACGACCCCAGCAGCGCUGGCGACCUCGACGAUACAUGAAGAGGAUCUGGGUGUUUCACAUGUGACUGUCAGCGAUAGAACACGCCGAUGACUCCUCGCUUGGGUUGUGAAGGCCCGAAUAUGACUGAAAAUAUGAGUACUGUGUCCUACAGUUUAUUUUUGCUGUAAAUAAGCAUUUUUUUUAUUUAAUAAAGCUUUCCCCUUAUGUUUUCUUGGA